UGUUGAGAUUAUUUGGUUUGGCAAGAAAAUCACAGCAAUGAAACGACAACAACAAUAACACAUAUUUUUACUGUCAAAAUUUUGAUGUCAAAUGGUGUCGACAUUGGUGACGGUAUUUUGAAACAGACUGUUCAUAUAGGGUGGGUCAUUUGAUCCAUUUUCAUGAAAUGUACCAUGAACAUGUUUUUUAUUAUAGAGGACCUCAAUACAAACAACUUUUGUACUACGACUUUGACCCCAGAUGAACCUCCGUUCGGCCCGGUACAUUUUCAUAUUCCAUGGUAUGACCCUCUGAUGACCCUCUGAAUCGUUAGUUGUUAAGGUCUAGACGCCAUCGGAUCUCAUUUUUAUGGCGUUAAAGCGAUUCCUCGUCAAAAAUUACGUCGAAAUAGUCCUUGUUAAGAAAUUUUUUUCAGGUUAAAUACCAUCCAGAUCGAAGAAUCCGGAAAAUUCGGACUUUUUUUCCUCAAAAAAUCGGGAAAACCCAUACCAAAACUAAAAGAAGGUCGAUCAAGCGUGACGCCAGCUGCACCCCAGGACCAUACAAACACUUUGGCAGUUACAGAUUUUCCAAAGUUUUCCACAUGAGUUAACCUUGUUCAUACAAAUGUGCUAUUUGUUGCAAUUUUUAGCGAAGGAUCCGGAUUGGUUCGGAAACUGUACCAUAUUUCAUGGAUAGACCAUCCGAUCAACAAUGCAAAUACCACAUUUCUACCUAAUUUUCAACGAGGAAUCGAAUGGAACUGGUUUCGCAGUGAUUUGACAACAUAUAAGGGUCGAAAAAUGGCCAGGCACUCAAGGCAAAUGACGUCAAUAUGCUUCGUUUGCAAUCUCCCCAUAAUGUCACAUCAAGUGGGUCUAGUUUGGCAAGGGGGAAACGGUUGGGACGAAAUGGUUCGCGAACAGCUGGAAGAGUCAACAAUAAGACAGCGUUUGGGAGGACGUCGAGAUUCAGCAGCGCAAAUAUCAGCUGCUUCACCACCUAGUACAUCACCACCGCCGUCUCAACGACGUCGUCGGAGUUCUUUAGCGCAACUCACUGAUAUUUUACUCACUUGGAGCGGUGGUGGAUCGAAACGACAAAAAGCACCGUUAAAUCGACGUGAAACUCUUGCCGAUCUUGCACGAAGUCUUCCAUGGAGCAGGAACACAGACAAUAGUUCGCAUAACAAUCAAUCUCAAGUAACACAGCGCAAACGUAGGGAAUCCAGUGCCGAUUCAGGAAUUAAGAGUAUGCGAUCUCGACAUGAAUCACAUACAUCAGAUUUUAAUAAAAUUUGGCAGCGAAAAGAGAGUCCAGGGGACAGAGAUCGUGAUAAAGAAAAUACAGAUACGGGUGCUUCAACAAACGGUUCAAGGCGAGGUUCAAGUGAAAGUUUUCGCAGCGCUAGAAAGGACUCAGCUAUUACACGGGCUAUUACGCCACCACCAAAAGUCGGUGCUACAAAAAAGCGACGUGACUCAUUGACUGUUGAAUUACCAAAUUUUCGACUGGAACAACGACCGUCGACGAGCUCAACAGCGUCCGAUUCGGGGCCCUAUUUUACUAAUUAUCAAGAUACAGGAUGCCAAGUGUUACCACCGCCCACAAUAGUUACUAGCAGUGUGACUCCUCCUGCUACUAGUCCAACCGCACCUCCAUCGAGUCGAAGAGAUUCAACAACACAAUGUGGCCGAGUGAACAGAAGAGAUUCAAGAGUUAGCCCAGAACGACCAAGAUUGCAAAGAUUACAAAGACAAUCGACAGCAUACGAUGAAUCAUGUCCACCGUUGGCAAGCAGACGUGAAUCACAACCAGCUCUAUCGCCAACCGGACUAGUUGGAGUAGAUGGUGAUGAAGGCGAAAGAAGAGCAAGACGAGAUUCAUUAAGUCCGGAUAGUGCAUCAAGAAGUGGUAGACGCGAUUCCCGACAACAUUUAUCUCCAGAUCGUAGUCAUGAUAGAGACAGCAGUCCGAGAAGAAGAUCAAAAGUACGUCGACAAUCAUCAUCUUUAGCACGAAAUACACGUUCUCCUGAAUCAAGCAGUUGCUGUUCAUCAAGGGAUGCUUCACCUUGUGCGCGAGCACCACCACCAUUACCAGAAUGUGUACCAAGACCUGCAAUUCGACGACAAUCAACGACUGAAGAAAUAUUGAUAUCACGUGGUUUUCGCCGUCAAUCAACGACUGAAGAAAUGAUACGUUGCAGAAACUUCCGGCGUCAAAGCUCGCAAAGCGAUGACACUUGUCGUUAUCGUGGCCGACGGGACUCAUGCGCACAAAUCACUGACGGAACCAUCGGUACAAUGACAGUUGAAACAACUAGUACAUUUUUUGAUUCAAGCACUCAAACUGAACCUUCACCACUUUAUGACAAUAACCAGUAUCACGAGGAAUGUUUACGCUGUAAUUCGUGCGGAAUAAACUUGUCGGGACAAAAUCAUAAACGCGCAAGACGCUUUAAGAAUCAAAUUUUAUGUGAUCUUCACUUCGCUGAUGUAGCAUUAAUGGCCGAGUCCGACUUCAUGCAACAGUUACGUAGCUUCAAGCCACAAUCAUUGGGUUGUGCAGUUGCCAGACGAAAAAGUUCAACUACGCUUAUAUUUCCAUUGCCACCGCAAGCAUGUUCAGAUGAAUUUUGUGAGGAAUAUCCACAUAAUUUGAUACCCACGCCUGGAUAUUGGGUUGAAUGCUCGAGACAGAAAAUUAAUAUGAAUAAUUUAGCAAUGUGGCCAGGAGCUGAAAGUGAUUCUGAGCAAGAAGAAAAUGAACAAAAGAUUUCUGGACGUGGUAACUCAGAAUCACACUUAGAACGCGGUUGUAGUGACUUGUAUGAGGAUGAUGAAGAUUCUGAAGCUGCUCCAAGUUCUAGGAAGAAGAGCGCUAUUGAAGAACAAUGGGACAUGCAACAAGGCUUUGAGUUGACAUCUGUUGAACAAGAAACAUACGAAAAAUAUUUUUAUUCUACAGAACAUUGGAAUUAUUUUACAAAUGAUGAAGACUUAGGACCAGUCAUUUUAUCAAUCAAACAAGAAAACUUAAAUGGCCGUGAUCAAUUUAGAAUAUUAGUUAGGGCCAUCUCAUAUACAGUACACGGCUUGAUACCAGCAUCAUGCGUUUUCGCCGAUAGAUAUAAUCGAGAGGAAGUAGUUAGGUCUUUAGGUAAAGAAAUAAAUUUGAAUCCACCUCUAACUUUAGGUCAGUUACCAGAUACACCUGAAGAACUUUUGAAAUUGGACCAAGUUUUCAUUAAAUCGGAAUUAAAGGUGGGAGUCAUCUAUGUGAAGGAAAAUCAAUUCAGCGAAGAGCAAAUUUUGGACAAUAACGAAAAUUCGCCAUUAUUUGAUGAAUUCCUACAACUACUUGGUGAUAAAGUUCGUUUACGUGGUUUUGAUAAAUACAAAGGUGGUCUCGAUACAGUUCACGACCUAACAGGAUUGUAUUCUGUAUACACGAAUUGGCGAAGCAUUGAAAUAAUGUUCCAUGUUUCAACAUUACUGCCGUACGAGAAACAUGAUCCACAAAAGUUACAAAGGAAACGUCAUAUUGGUAACGAUAUUGUUAUGUUGGUAUUCCUUGAGGCAGAUCAAACACCAUUUAGUCCAGCUUGCAUAAAAAGCCAUUUUUUACACACAUUCAUAUUGGUAAGACCCCUCGCAUCCCACUCAUCACAGAUAAAAAUGACAUUUGACAUGCAACAGGUACGAGUGUCUGCCCGUAUAAAACGCAAACCCACCCGCUAUGAAGUAUCAGUAGUUACUCGAGACGAAGUCGGGGCAUACAAACCAUACUUAUGGGAGCAAUCAGUUUUUGAAAAAGGUCCAAUGUUUAGAGAAUGGAUUUUAACUAAGAUAGUGAAUGGAGAGCGCGCUUCAUAUUCAGCGCCAAAAUUUGCACGCAUGCAAGAGAGGACACGUUCACAAAUGCUUGAAGAUAUUGUUGCCAAUCUGGCAAAUCAUGCAGAAACAGGUCAAAUUCCCAAGCCAUAUCGUAGAGGUUCAUGGAGACCAAUUGGUCAUAUGCGUCCAUCAAGUCCAUUAUUGGAUUCAGUACGUGAUCAGUUUGAAGACUAUGAUCAACUAGCGAAAGACUUUACUCGCGUUUUUCUUAAUAUGGAGCCAUGUCUACAGAAUGCCCACCUAUUCGAUGUUGUAUUUUUGGUUGGACAAUCAAAACAAAAGGCCCGAUUUAUUGGAGUUCGUGCCAUUUUGGGUGUUCGAAGUCGAGUUUUUCAAGAAAUGCUCUAUGGUAUUCAAACUGGAUUCGGUUCACCACAAGUUCCAGUUGCUGAGUUAUUGGCACGUCCCGCACCUACGCUUAUGUCACCACAAUCACAAUGUCAACGACCAAAAAGCUCAAAUUUUCUUCAAGUUCCUGAUAUUGAAUCGCCCAGACCUAAGAGCGUGCCAUCAUCACCAAUGGUAAAACGUGCCUUCUCUCGUUUGGGUACGAUAACAGCUGGCUGGGGACGUUCAAUUAGAAGUCGACAAAAUUCAACACUACAUGCUGAUGAUAAGAAGAAAUUUACAUCGAUGCAAGAUUGUUCAAACAAAGAUAACAAAGAGAAACAGCAGUCCACGAAUCAAUUAGCUGUGCCACGUUUAUCUGUUUGUGCAGACGCACAGAAGGUAGAUCGCGCAAAACUGGCACAAACUGAAUUUAGCAUUAUCGAAUUUGAUCCAGAUACAUUUCGCGUACUUUUAGACUAUUUGCAUACCGGGAGCUGCCCAUUGACUUGUGUUUCAAUUCCAGGUUUAAUUUGCGCAGCUGAACAUUAUGACUUACCUGAACUCCUUCAAGCUUGUUUUCAUCAUGCAAAACAAUUUCUGCGUAUCGAUGUUGUAUGUUGUAUGCUGAUAUCAUUGGAGAAUUAUUACUGGCGAUAUACAUCUGCUUCAGAAUUGGUGAACAUGAUUUUGGCAUUUGUUGAAAGCAAAGCGCAUGCAUUAUUCCAUUUGCCAGACUUUCUUAAUCUUAGUGAAAGUAUGGUUCAAAUGAUGAUGUGUCGAAAUUUAGAAGUACCUGAAGUUCGCAAAUUUGAAGCUAUGCUUGCGUGGGCAAAAAAUAAGGUUAAACAAAAAGUCUCAACUAAAACUGAUGUCAAAGUGGAAUUUCGUUGUAUAAUGGAACGCUUGACACGUGAUUUAAAACUACAUCGGAUUUCCCCACAAGAACUCAUCAAAGUUGUUUUGCCAUCAAAAGCCAUUAGAAACGAACGUAUAUUAGAAACACUCAUGUACCAAGCAAAUUCAGGCAUGUAUCGGAUUCAAGAUGAUUACAUUGAAGCAUGUCAACAAAGAAUUCAAAAGCAAGACUCAAGAUAUAGUGAAUGGGGAGAAAGUUUUGAUUGUGGUCUCUAAAUCUAGGAUCUAUAAAAAAGUCUAUACAUAUUUUAUAAUAUAUGUUAUAAUGUAUACAAUAUACAGUGAAAAAAACCAGUGUCAUAACAAGCAUAUUUUCCAAUGCAUUAUGGUUGAUUUGUUUUUAUGAUUUUCGAUAAUUUUAUUAUUAGACUGUCCCUCAAAACACAAAAGUUGAAAUUUUUUCGCUCUCACCCCGUAUUACUUUUCCAUAUGGUUGCUAGGGUGGAUGACUUUUUCGAAAAAAUUUAAGUAUCAAAGCCUACAGCCCAGAGUAGUUGUAUAAGCAUGAGCUGAUUCCAAAACAGCCAUUUUUUGAUGGGGUUAUAUGUCAUAUAGGGUGGCGACUUGAACGAGAGUGAAGAGAACUUUUUCAAAAAAAUCGAAAAAAAUGUGAUUUUUAGUAAUAACAAUUUUGGUUUAUUUUUCACAUUUCUACGCUCAAAUUGAUCUUAUUUCAUCGAUUAAGACCAUUUUAGUCUUUAUAAACUAUCAAAUAGCCAAAUUAUAAAGAUUUACUAAUCCAGAAGAAAAAUCUGUAAAAACUAGAAAAUUUAAAGAAUUUCAAUAGUCAACAAAUUCGAAUUUCAAAAUUUCCAAAUCGAGAAAAAUUCAUCCACCCUGAAUUAUUGGAUUAUUGGAUUAAACGGGGAGUUAUUCACUCGAUGCUCAAGUUUUGUAACUUAUUGCAUGACGACCCGUCUUGUGCUGUCACUCGAUUGCUUGGAGAAUGCUUCCCACGGUAUGGCCCACUUUAUAGCAGCCAUGUAACUAGCCUCCGUACAGGGCCAGUGACCAGGGCUUUCUUCUCAAGUCAAUUGUCAUGACAGUCACAAGAAUUCCAUUCCUACCUUUUAACGGUUGUUGUAUUUGCAAUCUCUCACAUAUUAAAUACAACAACCUGACGUGAAGGCACUCCAUUUUACGUGUGUCUAUGCUGAGUCCAUUCUUCGUUAUGCACACACACGAGACCGACGGCUUUAAGUGCACUUCCGAAGCACCCCACUAGCCCGAAACCCGGCCAAAUCUAUUCCGCAUUAAACCACUGACGAUUCCUGAGCGAAUCACGGUGGAAAAAUACCGGACCAAAUUUGACCGAGAAUCGAACUCGUGUCCUCACGCUCACAAACCUGGCACGCUAACCACUAGUCUAUGGCUGAGUUCAUCCACCCUAUUUCACACCGUAAUAUGUUAUAUAUUCAAUAACGUGUGUAAAGUUUCAUGCCGAUAGCUCAACGCUAGAUAGUGCCGCAAGAGCUCGGUAGAUCAUUAUGUGAAUUUAUUGAAAAAUGACAUUUUCAGUUAAAAUAAAAAUAUCUUCGCACAACCAUAUCGACUAAACAUUGAUGGUAAUUGUCAUUUUCUAUCAAACACUUGCCACUGGUGAAGUUUCAAACGAUUUGGAUAAAAAUAAAACACAUUUCCAUGCAAAAUUGACCAAAAUCAUAUUUUGACCAAAAUUUUCAUUUUGUUGACCAAAAAUUCCAAUUGUCUGACCAAAAAUUAAGGUUUUGUACCAAAGGUACGACAAACCUCCACAAAUUAAUCUCAUUUAAAGCUAGAAUAAUUUCAGAGCAAAACUAAUGUGAUUCCACUGAGUGCCUGGCCAUUUUUGGAUCCUUAAAUGUUGUCAAAUCACGCGAGGCCACUUCUAUUCGAUUCCUCGUUGAAAAUUAGGUGGGAAAUGUGGUAUUUGCAUUGUUGAUCGGAUGGUCUAUCCAUCUACAGUUUUCGAUCCAAUCUGGACCCUUCGCUGAAAAUAUCACUUUUGUAUAAAGAAGGAAAACUUUGGAAAAUCUGUAACUUCCAAAGUGUUUGUAUGGUCCUGGGGUGUAGUGGCCUCACGCUUGAUUGACUUAUUUUUAGUUAAAGUAUGGGUUUUCCCGAUUUUUCGAAAAAAAAAAGCGAAAAGAGUCCGAAUUUUCCGAAUUCUUCGAUCUGGAUGGUAUUUACCCUGAAAAAAGUUCUUAACAAGGACUAUUCCGACGUAAUACGAUCCGAUGGCAUCUAGACCCUAUAAACUAACGAUUCACAGGCUCAUCAGAGCCAUGACCCAUGGAAUAUGAAAAUUUUCGUCCGGGGUCAAAGUCGUAGAACUGUAUUGAGGUAAGAUAUAUAGAGAUAUCAUAAACAGCAUGUCCAUGGUACAUUCCUUAAAAAUGGAUCAAAUGGCCCACCUUAGCGUCCAGCUCUGUUUAGAACUAGCUUAAUAAAAUACGCAUCUACCACCAUGUGGAAAAGUUCGCUUACUCUUGUAAGACUCUUUAAUUUGCAUUGACAAAGUUAAAGAAGCGAUAAGAUUACUACCUGAAAUGAUAAAAAAAAAUUUUUACGUAACAUGCAGCACCAACUAUAUGUGAAAUUUUUUUUUAUCCAUUUUAGGCAGUAUUUCAUGCUUUUCUUAUGACUUCUUUUGGAAAUUUUCAAUCAAAUAAAAAUAUAUUAGAAAACUGUGAAUAUUGCUUGAUAAUAGAUUAAAAAUUCUAUGCUGGAUUCUUUAUAAAUGUUAAGACGCUAUUCAAAUAUGAUGGUAUGGGUGGUCGAUGUUCCCCAAAAAUAAGUAUCUCUCCAAAUCUCUCUGAAUAAAGUCAAAAAUAAAUUCGAAUAAAUAUUAUUUUAUGGUUGAUAUGUGAGCUAGGUAGGUGGGUAGUAAUACUGGGUCAUGAACAUUAAGUUUUUAGCGCUACAUGAAAUGUAGAGCUAUUGGAUUUGUUUGUUUUUUUCCAGUCACCAAAAGUCCGAAACGUGUUGGCCGAUUUCAACGAAAUUUUAACAGUGAAUGUUGAUGUGUUUAAUAUCGGCUGACAUCCAUUUUGGACCACAUUGGACCAGUCCAUCUUGGUCUUCCUAUUAAAAAGUGGGUUAAAAUGUUGAAUUUGACAAAUCUUAUUGCCAAAUUCGGAUUCCUUGACCCAAAAUUAGGGGGAUGUGGUAUUUUACUUUUCCGCACACACCUAGUGUGUAAGGUAAAGUAUUGAAUUCGGUCGAAAAAUUAACACCCUCAAAAAACAUGUUUGUUCCAGGGAACACGAAU